AUGCCUCAAAAGCAAUCCUUUCUCGAGGCUCUCGCAGCCGAUGAACACAACCAAACCAACUUUCUUCAAAAGUUUGUACAAGCCGCAUCCCCAAAUCCACCCGGGGACACAAUCGAAGCAACAACAGUCAUCGGAGAAUAUUUAUCCAGCAAGAAUAUCCCUUACGAAUUCGUCGACGUCAACGGGGAUGGCAAAGUUAAUGUAAUUAGUGGCUUUCAAGGCGGAAAAGGCCCUGGCCCGCGCGUCGUUCUGAACGGCCAUGUCGAUGUUUUCCCCGUUGGUGAUGGUAGCGGCUGGUCUCGAGAUCCUUGGUCGGGCGAUAUAGUUGAUGGGAGACUCCACGGGCGCGGAGUCGUAGACAUGAAGUCUGGGACUGGCUCGCUCAUCAUUGCAUAUGCCUUUUUGUUCGAGUGUCGCCAUCUCCUGUCGGGCAGUGUUGCCCUUUGCGCUGUCGCCGACGAAGAGACGGGUGGGAAAUGGGGUACCAAAUAUCUCAUUGAACAAGACAAGCACAGAUGGGGCGGUGAUCUCAUGCUGUGUGCUGAACCAGGUGGUCUUGAGACUAUCAGAUUCGCAGAAAAGGGAACGCUGCGAUUGACAUGUACUGUCAAGACCAAAGGCGAGUUGGGGCCAUAUCUUCAUCUCAGCAAGGGCGCCAUCCGAACAGCCAGCGCAUUCAUCAAUGAGGUCAUCGAGUCAGUAGAAGCACUGCCAGUCGAUCUACCAGUAGAAAUGGAGAGUCAUCUGGAAAAGCCAGAGGUCAAGCGGGCUAUCGAUCAAGCAAUGGGUCCUGGAACGACCACAAUUAUUGCUCGACCGACUGUCAACAUUGGCACAAUUAAGGGCGGCCUCAAAGUCAACAUGAUCCCAGAAACAUGUAUCGUCGAACUGGAUAUUCGUAUGCCAGUGGGGAUGCGAGAAGACACGAUCCUGGACCUGAUUGACACCAUCAUCCCGCAGCACGAGCCCGCGAGUAUUACGAUCAAGAAGCAAGCUGCUGCGAGUAAUCCUUUCAACUACUCGGUCAUCGAUCAUCCCAUCGUUGGUCAUCUCAAGGAAAACGCCAAGAGCCUGCGACCAGAUGCUGAUGCUCCAAUUCCCAUCCCCUCGAUGGGCGGAUCAGAUUGUAAGCAUUAUCGAUAUGCUGGCAUCCCAGCUUAUAUCUUUGGCUGCGGCCCAGCAACAAGUGAGUCCUUCCUACUAAAUAAGCCUGAGUUUUUUAUUGACGGUUCCUCAGUGGCGUCUGUGGAUGAAUCAGCGUCAAUUGCAGAGUUUCACCACGUUACAAAGGUACACGCAUUGGCUGUCUGGGAUUAUUUACAUCGUGUAUAA